AUGAAUUCAGUAGCUGGGAAUAAAGAGAGGCUUGCUGUGUCCACCAGGGGCAAGAAAUACGGGGUGAAUGAAGUCGGCUCGCCCCCCAAAUCUGCAGCGCCCUUCUCCCCCGAGAGCUGGUAUCGGAAGGCGUAUGAGGAGUCGCGCUCGGGGAGUCGCCCCACACCUGAGGGCGCGGGGUCAGCGCUCGGCUCAUCGGGGACCCCGUCGCCUGGCUCGGGCACCUCGUCUCCGAGCUCUUUCACUGGUUCCCCAGGCCCCGCCUCCCCGGGCAUCGGCACCAGCUCGCCGGGGUCCCUGGGCGGCUCGCCAGGCUUCGGCACCGGCUCCCCGGGCUCGGGCAGCGGCGGUGGCUCCUCCCCCGGCUCGGACCGCGGCGUCUGGUGUGAGAACUGCAACGCCCGCCUGGUGGAGCUCAAGAGGCAGGCGCUGAAGCUGCUCCUCCCGGGACCCUUCCCCGGCAAGGAUCCUGCUUUCUCGGCUGUGAUUCAUGACAAGCUCCAGGUCCCCAACACUACGCGGAAGGCAUGGAAUGACCGGGACAACCGCUGCGACAUUUGUGCCACGCACCUGAACCAGCUGAAGCAGGAGGCCAUUCAGAUGGUGCUGGCACUGGAGCGGGCCGCUGGUGGUGAGCACUACGAUGCCUCCCCUGGCUCGCCCCCACCCCUCGCCAACAUCCCCACCCUUGUAGGCGCCCGCCACAUGGGUGCUGGCCAGCAGCCCCGGGACUGGGCCUUUGUGCCUGGCCCCUGUGCCACCUCCGGCUAUACAGGUUUCGUCACCAACAAGCACAGCAGCAAGCCCAACAGCCUUGGCGUGAGCAAUGGGGCAGAGAAGAAGGGUGGGUCCCCAACCCACCAGGCCAAGGUCAGCCUCCAGAUGGCCACCAGCCCCAGCAACGGGAACAUCUUCAAUUCAGUGGCCAUCCAGGCUCACCAGUACCUCGAUGGCACCUGGUCCCUUUCGAGAACCAACGGGGUCACCUUGUACCCCUACCAGAUCUCCCAGCUGAUGACAGAGACCAGCAGAGAGGGGCUCACAGAAGCAGCGCUGAACCGGUACAAUGCGGACAAGCCUGUGGCCUGCAGCGCCCCAGCCGCACCAGGUCCCAGCGGGGCUGGCGAGCCGUCCUCAGGCACCUCGGUGGCUGCAUCCUUCUUCGCAAGAGCCGCCCAGAAGUUGAACCUGUCUUCUAAGAAGAAGAAACCGCGGCCAUCUCCAUCAUCAGUGGCUGAGCUGCCCCUCUUUGGCACCAGCUUCAGCGGGAUCCUGCAGACCUCGCCGCCGCCCGCACCACCCUGCCUGUUGAGAGCAGUCAGCAAGGUGAAGGACACCCCGGGCCUGGGCAAGGUGAAAGUCAUGCUCCGCAUCUGUUCCACGUUGGCUCGCGAUACCUCAGAGUCUAGCUCCUUCUUGAAAGUGGACCCUCGAAAGAAGCAGAUCACCCUGUACGACCCUGUCACCUGUGGGGGACAAAAUGCCUUCCAGAAGAGAAGCAGCCAAGUCCCUCCGAAGAUGUUUGCCUUCGAUGCAGUGUUUCCCCAAGAUGCUUCUCAGGCGGAGGUGUGUGCGGGGACCGUGGCAGAGGUGAUCCACUCUGUUGUCAACGGGGCCGACGGCUGUGUCUUCUGCUUUGGCCACGCCAAGCUGGGGAAGUCCUACACCAUGAUUGGGAAGGACGACUCCAUGCAGAACCUUGGCAUCAUCCCCUGUGCUAUCUCCUGGCUCUUCAAGCUGAUAAACGAACGGAAGGAGAAGACUGGUGCCCGCUUCUCAGUCCGCAUCUCAGCCGUGGAGGUGUCAGGGAAAGAGGAGAACCUCCGAGACCUGCUGUCCGAGGUGGCCACCGGCAGCCUGCAGGAUGGCCAGUCCCCAGGGGUGUACCUCUGUGAGGACCCCAUCUGUGGCAUGCAGCUGCAGAACCAGAGCGAGCUGCGGGCACCCACGGCCGAGAAGGCAGCCUUCUUCCUGGACGCUGCCAUCGCCUCCCGCCGGAGCAGCCAGCAGGACUGUGACGAGGACGACCACCGCAACUCCCACAUGCUCUUCACCCUUCAUAUCUACCAGUACCGGAUGGAGAAGAGUGGGAAAGGGGGAAUGUCUGGAGGCCGCAGCCGCCUGCACCUCAUUGACCUUGGCAGCUGUGUGAAAGCACUUAGCAAGAAUCGAGAAGGGGGCUCAGGGCUGUGCCUCUCCCUGUCGGCGCUGGGCAACGUCAUCCUGGCGCUCGUCAAUGGCAGCAAGCACAUCCCAUACAAGGAGAGCAAGCUCACCAUGCUGCUGCGCGAGUCCCUGGGGAACAUGAACUGCCGCACCACCAUGAUUGCUCACAUCUCGGCGGCCGCGGGCAGCUACGCUGAGACCCUGUCCACCAUCCAGAUCGCCUCGCGGGUCUUGAGGAUGAAGAAGAAGAAAACGAAGUACACAUCCAGCUCCUCUGGCGGAGAGAGCUCCUGCGAAGAAGGCCGGAUGCGCCGGCCCACACAGCUGAGGCCUUUCCACACAAGGACCGCAGGGGACCCCGACUUUGCCAUGCCGCACUUGUCCAGUGACCCUGACUAUUCCUCCAGCAGCGAGCAGUCCUGUGACACGGUCAUCUACAUCGGGCCCAAUGGCACAGCCCUCUCCGACAAGGAGCUUACAGACAAUGAAGGUCCCCCGGACUUUGUGCCCAUCGUGCCGGCUCUGCAGAAGGCCAGGAGUGAUGGCCGGGCUCUCGAGGCCGCAGAGGCCCCCGCCAGCCAGGCCGAGAGGGACUGCCUCAAGUGCAACACGUUCGCAGAGCUGCAGGAGAGACUCGACUGCAUCGACGGCAGCGAAGAGCCCAGCAAGUUUCCUUUCGAGGAGCUGCCUGUCCCAUUUGGGGCAGAGGCGGCCAGCAGGUGCCGUGCACCCGGCCAGGCCAACGGGGCCAGCAUGCUCUCUGAGCCUGACAAGGAGGAGAGCGGGGCCAGUGGCCAGCUGGCCGAGAGGGAGGGCACGGACCCGGCCUCCAGGGUGCAACGCCAUCAGUCCCCAGGCCCAGUGGUGACCCUGGGCAGCCCCAGCCCAGCCUCUCCCCGGAGCGUGCCGGGCAGCAGCCAGCAUGGCUCCCCACUGGUGCAGAGCUCCAGCCUCCAGAGCAGCCGGGAGAGCCUCAACUCGUGCGGCCUCAGCGAGGGCAAGCCCCGACCGGUGGGCUCCCCGCGCCUGGGUGUUGCCAGCCUGUCCAAGACCUCAGACUAUAAGACCCCUGGCUCUCCAUCGCAGAGGUGCAAGGUCUACACCCAGAAGGGGGUCCUGCCCGCCCCUGCACCCCCGCCGGCCCUGAGCAAGGAUGCUGGCACAGCAUCCAACGAACCUGGGCCGCAGCCCGAUGUCCGGACCCCCCCGGUGGGAAUGAGUCCCCAGGUUUUGAAGAGAUCUAUGUCUGCUGGGAGCGAGGAGUUCCCGGAAGCCCCUGGCGAGGAUGAGCACCACGCGAGCACAUGCCCUGAGGCCCAGAAGGAGAUAGUGAGCACAACCACAGUGACGGUGCAGCAGCCGCUGGAGCUGAAUGGGGAGGACGAGCUGGUGUUCACACUGGUGGAGGAGCUGACCAUCAGCGGGGUCCUGGACGGCGGCCGCCCCACCAGCAUCAUCAGCUUUAACAGCGACUGCUCCGUGCAGGCCUUGGCCUCGGGCUCCCGGCCGGUCAGCAUCAUCAGCAGCAUCAGUGAGGACCUGGACAGCUACUCCAACGUGGCCUCUGUCUCCGAGGUCAGCAUCACGCAGUUCCUGCCCCUUCCCAAGCUAGCCCUGGAUGAGAAGGCCCCAGAUGCAAGCAGCCGGCGCUCCUCUGUCAGCUCCUGGCUGAGCGAGAUGAGCACGGCCAGUGACGGUGAACAGUCCUGUCACAGUUUCAUCGCCCAGACGUGCUUUGGGCACGGGGAAGCCAUGGCCGAGCCCCCGGCCUCGGAACUGAUCAGCAGCCGGCCGAACUCAGCUGUGGUGUGCAGGGAGACGCCCAGAGGGGGCCCUGAGAAUGUGCUCAUCUUGUCUGAAGUGGGGGAAGAUGCUUUCAACAGAUCCGCUCCCAUCAAAGCUUGCAAGAUCUCAACGCUGGGCAAAGCCAUGGUCACCAUCUCCAACACAGCCAACCUGAGCCGCCGAGAAGGCUACAUCCCCAUGAAGACCAACAUCACCGUCUACCCCUGCAUCACCAUGGGGCCCCUGAGUAUCCAGGACACUGAGGUGUCCACUGCCCCUGUCGGGACAGCCCCUAGAGCAGGUCACCCCCAGGACAGCCAGGUCACCAGUGCCAAGAGAGAGAUGACGUUUGCAGACCCCUGGCUGAAGCGAGAGGAUGAGGUGAAGAGAGAGAACGCUCAUCCUGACGAAGGGCUUAGGGAUGAGACGGGGGCCAGCCCCACCAAGCCUGAGGCCGGGCCUGAGCAGACCCAGGAGAGGAAGUCCAGUGCCGGUGACAGGCUCAGCAGCAGCAGCGGAGAGGUAUCUGCGUCCCCCAUGCCGGACAACUGCCGGAGGAUUGUGGAUGGCUGUGAGAUGGCCCUGUCUGGUUUGUCUGCCCAGAGCCCUGGCCAUUCCAAUAAGAACCUGAGGUCCAGCAGCCUGCCUAGAGCUUUCCAGAAAGCCAGUCAACAAGAGGAGCUGGACAACCUCUCCUUCCACUGUGCCCCCGAGAGCAGUAGCUUCAGCUCUGCAUCCUCCAAGGCCUCCCUGGAAAGGAAGGUGGCAUCCCCCAAGCACUGCAUCCUAGCCCGGCCCAAAGGAGCUCCUCCUCUGCCUCCGGUCCGCAAGUCCAGCCUGGAGCAGAAGAACCGGGCCAGCCCCCAGCACAGCACCUGCAGCAGUGGGACUAGCAGCCCAUCAAACCAGCCCGCCACAUUUCUGGCCAGCUUCUCCGAUGAGCUGGGCAGCAAGGUGAAGGAGCCCAGUAGCAGCAGCAAGCUCUUCAGUGCCAAGCUGGAGCAGCUGGCCAGCAGGACCAACUCACUGGGCAGGACCACUGUGAGCCACUAUGAGUGCCUGUCACUGGAGAGGGCCGAGAGCCUGUCCUCGCGCAUGUACGCGGGCAGGGACAGCACUAUGCCCCGCGCAGGCAAGAGCGUGGGCCGCAGUGUGGGGGCCUCACCCCCCAACUCGGGAGUCACCGGCUCAUCGGCAGGGGCCUCCCCCAAGGCCAGCCAGUCCAAGAUCACAGCUGUGGGCAAGCUGCUCCUGGCCAGCCCCAAAGCGCGGAGCCUGGCCACAGCUACCACCAAAACUCUCAGCUUCUCCACCAAGUCCCUUCCGCAGUCAGUGGGCCAGAGCCCUGGGCUGCCUCCCAAUGGGAAGCAGAUGUCCUGGUCCACCCAGUCACUCAGCAGGAAUCGGGGCUCCUCUGCUUCUGGGCUAGCCUCCAAGCUGCCCCUGCGGGCUGUCAACGGGCGCAUCUCAGAGCUGCUGCAAGGGGGUGCAGGCGCAAGGGCCCUGGCAGGGCGUGCAGGGCCUGAGGCCGAGGAGAAGCCCGGGGCACCUGUGCUGCCCUCACCCUACAGCAAGGUCACUCCUCCACGCAGGCCCCACCGCUGCAGCAGCGGCCAUGCAAGCGACAACAGCAGCGUGCUGAGUGGGGAGCUCCCUCCGGCCAUGGGCAAGACGGCCCUGUUCUACCACAGCGGCGGGAGCAGCGGCUACGAGAGCAUGCUGCGGGACAGCGAGGCCACCGGCAGUGCAUCAUCCACCCAGGACUCCAUGAGUGAGAACAGCAGCUCCGUCAGCGGCCGGGGCCGCAGCCUCAAAACCCCAAAGAAGAGGUCCAAUUCAGGUUCUCAGAGACGGAGACUCAUCCCAGCACUGUCCCUGGACACCUCCUCGCCAGUGAGGAAGCCCACCAGCAGCACUGGGGUCCGCUGGGUAGACGGUCCCCUGCGGAGCACCCCGAGGGGCCUCGGGGAACCAUUUGAGAUUAAAGUCUACGAAAUUGAUGAUGUGGAGCGACUACAGCAGCGCCGAGGGGCCUCUAGCAAGGAACUCGUGUGCUUCAAUGCAAAACUGAAGAUCCUAGAGCACCGCCAACAGAGGAUCGCCGAGGUCCGCGCCAAGUAUGAGUGGCUGAUGAAGGAGCUGGAGAUGACCAAGCAGUACCUGAUGCUGGACCCCAACAAGUGGCUGAGUGAAUUUGACUUGGAGCAGGUCUUGGAGCUGGAUUCCCUGGAGUACCUGGAAGCGCUGGAGUGUGUGACGGAGCGCCUGGAGAGCCGGGUCAACUUCUGCAAGGCCCACCUCAUGAUGAUCACCUGCUUUGACAUCACCUCCAGGCGCCGAUAA